CUUGAGCUCUUGCUUACCACCACACACAUUAUUGUUAAUAUUCGAUUCAGCAACAGCCGUCGCUCGCCAUUCUAUACGAGUCCGCCUCGUGGGGUUUGUUCCGUCAAUGACGCCUAGGUCUUAAGUGACAUUCUGUUGACCGGCCCCGUUCCUACCGCCAUGCCCCCAUCGGCCUACCCAUAAACAUGUACCAUCUCGCCAAGUCGCUUUAUUUAUAUGCUACAAGCAAGGAGGAAUACUCUGUCCUUCUGCUGGGCUUGGACAAUGCCGGCAAAACGACCCUUCUCUCCCAAAUAAAAGCUAUAUAUCUACCGUCAGCUGAUGGUGCCCAAGCUACAACUGUCGGUCGCACCGUCCCCACCGUCGGCCAAAACGUGGCAACGAUUCCGCUGAAAGACAUGUACUUGAAGAUCUGGGAUGUCGGUGGACAAACCACCAUGCGAGGACUGUGGCAGAGCUAUUAUGCUAGUUGUCAUGCUAUAAUAUUUGUUGUUGACAGUACAGAUGUCGGGGAAGGACUGGACGAUUUCUCAUCAGGGGCCGCUCUAGCAAGUAACGGUGGUGACAAUGUGAGCAGCGCGCAGCAUGGCCGACUCGGCGAGUGCAAGCAAGUGUUGGAGUCUGUCCUGCAGAAUGCAGAUGUGGCCGGAGUACCGAUUCUGGUCCUGGCAAACAAACAAGACCGUGAGGAUUGUGUUGAGGUGGUCCGAAUCAAGGAAGGAUUUGUUCGACAAGUGUUUGAAGGUGAGAAGGGCGCGGGUGUACGCGACAGUCGAGUCCUUCCUGUCAGUGCCCUGCUUGGGACUGGUGUUCCUGAAGCUGUGGAAUGGGUUCAGAGCCGCGUUAAAUGGAAUAAGGAGGGCCGGCCCCCCCUCAUGCGAUAACGCCGUUGUUUGGUGGACUUGACUACGCCGGCAUUAUUUUCUUCUUCUUUUAUUUUCGACACUUUUUGGUUUAGAUGUCAUGAUACCUACUGGAGAUACCAAAUUUUUUCUCAGUUACUUAUAGAUAGGGCGCAUAUGUGCCUGCAUAUCACAUUGGAUUCGUUCAACUGCUAUUUCUGCCAUCUCAUUAUGUAAUUAAGGCUUUGACACCUGUAGAAAUG